AUGUCAAACUCGCCGUCCGUUCCCGAAGAUACCUUGCCUAGUCCCCUGGUGACACCUGCUACACCGGCCCAACAUGAUUGCUCCAAUAUCAUCGGGGGUGGCCCACGUCACCAUUUGCCGCAAGCUCAUUUGUCUCGGGGCUCUGGGGAGGUUUUAUCACCGUCGCGCGCGGAAUCCCCCACCGCCCAUUCCUGGUCUCAGCCCGUCUCCCGAAUAUUCCCUCUAAAAAGAACCGCUACCACACCUCCGGAGAACACCGCGCAGCCUGAUAUUGUCUACAGGCCUCAACUGUCCGAACGUGACAGUAUCUUCGCUACUCAUUACCUCCCCUCUGAUAGUGCCGCCACUACCCCACAACUCCCCCCCGAAAAGGCCUUGGGCAAUGAACGCCAGGUCAACUUGAUCCCUAGCCUUGACGAUGCAUCCGUGUCUCCAAGUGCAUUCUCCAAGGUCUCUCCCCAUCGUUAUAGCGUCGACCCUUCCCGCAUGGAAGUUGACGUCCACAGAACCUCUCCGUUGCGUUCCUCGACCCUCUUCUCAUCCACCGACCUCCCUCGUUUGUCUCUGCUGCGCACACCGACCUCGCCGACUGGUCGCUCAAAGAAAACCGAGGUCGAGACGGGUGCGCCGCCUCAUUUGGCCGGAUCCCAGCGAUACAAGGUGCCAUGGGAUAACACAGGUACGAAGACCAGUCGGUUCCAAGGCACUUUACCUGAGCGGAAAUUGUUCCCGUCUGCAUUAGAUGAUGUCUCUACCUCUCACUCUUUGACUAUCCCAACCUCUGGCCACGAGGGCUCUCAGAUCAGUCAGGAUCCCUUAUCCUACAGUGCGAAAGAAGAAAAACCUCAGACCCCUGUGGUGCUUGAGCGAAGCCCCAGCAGAGGUCGUCGUGGCCGAGUUGACAGCUCGAUCGAGGCCAAUUUUACCAACCCGGAGCCGGCCUCUAACGUGCGCAGUCGUAAGUCUAGCCACUACCUGGGCCUUUUCAAAGAAAACACUGCUUCUUCACCGGAUCGCAAACGACGGGAGGAUCGCGGCCGACCACAAGAUGAGACGUUGGAGUCGAGGGAUCGCAUCAUGGAACAUGAACAAGAAUCAUAUCGCUCAGAGCACGAAACGUCGCUUCAUAAAAGCACAUCACUCUCCGCACUUGGCGAUGCCCCGUCUUUCCAACCUCCCCCGGCUGAAUUAUCUCAGUCCACAUACGAUGAUGACCCCUCCAAGCGUGGCCCUACAGCCUUGCCUCGCAGCUUGCUAGAGGAGAUCCGAAACUUUCAUCUCACGCCUGGUGGUAGCCAUGGGUCUUCUUUCUCAAGAAGCAUUCCCACUCAAUAUUCAGAGCGCGCCCGUGACUACUUCCAGAGCGAUCUUCAUGCCGAGGUAUCCCCGUCUAACUCUUUCGAGGAAGAGGAGCGUGGUCAGGUUGAGGAGGAAGAAAACGAGCAGAUUUCUUCUGCCGUUUACUUCCCCCACGAGCGUACGGUUCCUGAUGGGGUUGAGGGCCUGCAACAAUUUCCCGAUAGCCCUCUUCAUGUACAGCCGGGUCAGCUGUCGGCUGCGGAGAAAGGUCAUGAGCUGAUGUUAGUACCUCAAGAGCGUAGCGAUUCUCCCAAAAAGGAAAUCAGCCAUGUGGAUAUAUCCUUUCGAUCUAAGAAUGAAAGUAAGAUCCUUUAUGGCGAUAUCCAUUCUCAACGAGAGAAUGUGCCAGAAAAGCCUUUGAGUACCAUCUCUGAAUGCAGCGAUUCAAUCUACGAUUCCGAAGUCGAACCCCAAUCGGCAGAUGAAAGUAUCCCAUCUGCUGACGAGGUGGAAACCCCGAGUGCCACACCCACCCAGCCUUCUCGGCUUCUCUCUCGUCCCAAACCCCCGCCCCCGGGGCCUCUUGGUGCCGUGGAAUUGAAGCCCUAUCGACAUCAGGUUGGCGGGCACACAACUGUUUUCCGCUUUUCCAGACGCGCUGUAUGCAAGCAGUUGAACAACCGAGAGAACGAGUUCUACGAACGCAUUGAACUGAGGCACCCAGAUAUGUUGGUAUUUCUUCCCAAGUACAUCGGAGUGUUGAAUGUCACCUUUUCGAAGACAUCCAAACGAAAGGACCAGGUCGAUUCUGCCGAUAAAAUAAUUCCAGAUCCGACAGCCAAUGGAACUUCAACGCCCAGCUCUGAGCCUCCAGAGUCAGCAAAGCAACAACCGCCACAGCGAAUUGUUAGCCAGUCCCAAGUCACAGGAGUCAUCCCCAAGGUCAUUCUUGAGAACAAUCGCCAUAUAAUUCCUGCCGAUCUUUUUACUCGUCAGCAGCGACCGCGGACAGCAGAUGCUUCAAUGAGCCGCGCACGAUCCGUUGACGGUCUGAAAGGUAUGUCAGCGGAGUCUGAUACAUCGCCUAUGAGUAAGCGGGCCAAGAUCUGGGGCGCCACGACCGUCAAUCUCAAGCUUCAGGAGCAGGUUCUCCGCGAGGUAUUCAGCCCUCCUGCCAUUCAUCAUCAUCGUCGACAUGCUCGUGGUCAUGUCCAUUUGCCAAGAGCUAAUUCCGAUAUGCCGGGCGCCACGCACCGUCGAGAGAAUCUAUCAGAAGACUGCACAGCUACCAAUCAACGACCAGUCCCUAGCCCAGUCGCGGCGCUAAAGACAGAAGCGAUUGACAUAAAGGUGACUCCUAGUGAAGGCUCUGCUCUUUCAUCGUCGGCUUCGACUGCCCUAGAAGCCAAUCAAAACCGUCUAGAGAAGAUCCGGACCGAAGAGCCUGACCGAGCAAGCUCGCUCUCUCGGGUUCACCACCCAAGACGGCGUCAUUCCGGGAGUGGCCUUCGGAGACGUGGUACCAUGGACUCUAACAACAAUGGGGAACUCAUGUUCUUCGAUGACGAUGAUUAUGGCGGUGACAAGGAGGAUGGGAUUUUCUCCAUGGAAGCCGAUGCCUCAAUGUCGAAUGGUUCCUCCACGGUCCCAGUGUCGGAAAAUAACUCGACCAAUGGUGGCCACGCAACCGAAGCUGCUUUCGGUAGAACUUCUGAUCCAACGCGCUUCAAACCACAGGAGCCUAUCAACACGAUCUUGCCCAGCAACCCCAAAGAGGCGCAGCUGAGAAAGGACGAAAGAGUGCAGUUCUUCCUCCUCCUUGAGGAUCUGACAGCUGGUAUGAAUAAACCAUGCGUGCUGGAUUUGAAGAUGGGCACCCGUCAAUAUGGUAUCGAGGCGAAUGAGAAGAAGAAGAAGUCUCAGCGACGGAAAUGUCAGUCCACUACUUCGCAGCAGCUGGGUGUGCGGCUCUGUGGCAUGCAGUCCUGGAACGUCAAGAAGCAGGAGUACAUGUUUGAAGACAAGUAUUUCGGGCGAGAUUUGAAGUCUGGUCGUGAAUUUCAGGAUGCGCUGACUCGAUUCCUAUACGAUGGUGUCAGCUAUGCCAGUGUUGCCAAAAAGAUCCCUGUCAUUCUGGAGAAAUUAGCUUUGUUAGAGCACAUGAUUCGACAGUUGAGUAGCUACCGGCUCUAUGCUAGCAGUCUGUUGAUUCUUUAUGACGGAGAACCACAAUCUCCACCUCAGCAAGAACCGCCGCGUUCUAAUAAUGGAAACCAUGCAGACGGCCAGAGCAAACUGAACGUUCAACUGAAGAUUGUCGAUUUCGCUAAUUGCAUCACUGGCGAGGACAAGCUUCCUCCGGAUACGCCAUGCCCACCUCACAGCCCGCACGACAUUGAUCGUGGAUAUCUGCGUGGCCUCCGCACACUCCGAAUGUAUUUCCAGCGAAUUAUGAAGGAGGUCAGUCUGGACGAAUUCGUGGAACGAGGUGAAGGUGAAGCCAUCGCGCUGGGCUCUCAACCCGAGGCUCGUGAGCGACCCUCUUCUCAAUAUUGGGAUGAGACCAUGAUAGAAACCGACGCGGGCGAACGCGAUUUCGACGCGAAUCGCCCACUCCUCCAAAAUAUUGAUGCAGAACAAGAUACAACAGACCGAAACGCAGAGCCGUCAUGGCGAUAUUCACGGCGAGGUUCACGGAGCUCCGGUAAUGACGGACUGAGUGAUGACGGGCUGUUGAGCGAUGUCGUCGAAGAGAUUGUCGAGCGGGACAGACGGAGGAUGCAGAAGGAGGUUAUCCGAGUGCUCAGCUUUGGCUGGGGUGUUGUUACUUGCUUGGGAGCCGGCAGCAUCACUGCUUUCUCUCUGUAUGGCCAUCUUCUCCUUACUCGACUCCAUUACUCGCAGCUCCAGGUCAAUGCCGUUUCCAUCGCUGCCGAGAUCGCAAUGUACCUUCCCGUCCCCUUGUUCGGCUACUUGUGUGACCGCUACAGCCCAUCGCCACUGGCCAUGUUCUCGGGACUGGUGUUUGGCGUCGGGUAUCUCCUCGCUGCAUUCACAUAUAAAAGUGGCCCACCUGCUGAUGCGGGUGGUUCCGGUCAGCCAUUCUGGGUGAUGAUCGUGGCGUUUAUCGCCAUUGGUAUGGGGACUAGCUGCAUGUACCUAGCAGCUAUUGCGACGUGCGCCAAGAACUUUGGCAGGGGAAAGCACAAGGGGAUUAUGCUUGCUGUUCCGAUUGCCGCGUUCGGUCUCAGUGGUAUGUGGCAGAGCCAGCUCGGGACGUACCUGUUUUAUGAACCCCUCGAGGAUGGGAGUCACGGCGAUCUCGACGUUUAUAAAUACUUUGUCUUUCUGGCGGUGCUUUUGCUGGUGAUUGGGAUCAUCGGUACCUUUGCCUUGCGCAUCGUGGAUGAUGAUGAUAAGUAUAUUGAUGAGACGGUUGAAGAACUAGAGCGCAGUGGACUGUUAGAGGAGAGUGAUUUCUUCCGACCACAAGCGAUUGAGUACGGCACGUUCUCUGAUUCAUCUGAUGAGGAGCAAUCAAUCCUCUCCGAUGAAGAACGUGAGCAGCAAAGGCUAGAGAAGGAGCGCGAGGAAGAGGAGCGCCGGAAGAGGAACUGGCUGCUCAACUAUGAAACCCGUGUAUUCCUACAAGACAAGACCAUGUGGUGGCUGGCCGCAGGCUUUUUCUUGGUCACCGGCCCCGGCGAAUCGUACAUUAACAACCUGGGCACAAUCAUCCCAACCCUCACACCUCAAUCCUAUCCCACAGGCGCAUCACCCCCAGCCGGAUCCCCCUCAACCCACGUCACAACCAUAGCCCUAACCUCGACCAUCGCGCGCCUUCUAACAGGCUCACUUUCCGACUUCUUCGCACCCCCGGCAACACACCUCUUUCCUUCGAUUUCCGAAGGAGCCCGAUACGCGCCCCUCACAUCCCCUGCAUCCUCGCGCCUCACUCUAUCCCGCAUGACCUUCCUCGUCCCCUCAGCCUUCCUCCUCUCCCUAGGCUACCUCCUCCUCGCCUCCCCUCUCCCAUUAGCGCACCCAGGCAUCUUCAACCUGACAACCGCGCUGAUCGGCUUCGGAUACGGCAGCGCCUUUUCCCUCGCGCCUAUCAUCAUCUCUGUCGUCUGGGGCGUCGAGAACUUCGCCACAAAUUGGGGUAUCGUUGCCAUGAUGCCUGCGGCUGGUGCCGCGCUCUGGGGCAUUAUCUACUCCGCGGCAUAUCAAAAUGCCAUGGAUCGCGGCGACGGUGAUGGUGCUGAUGGUCAGUGCCAUGGAUGGCGAUGCUAUGGGUUCUGGGCUGCUGGCUGCACGGUUAGUGUGUGGGUUGCUGUUCUGGCUUGGGUGGCUGCUUGGAGGGGGUGGAAGAGGAGGGGGGUUGUUGUUUAG